UUCGAUUCAGUGCUGUCAUGUGAAGCUUUGAUUGUUUGCUUUACUUAUUUCUAACGUUUUUAUUUUGGACUCUUGAAGAAAUUUUAAUUAUAGAUACGUUAAAAUUAAUUUAAACGUUAUAUAUCAUCAUAGCUACAUGUGUGGCGUUCCUGCGUUAACCCCUCUUCUCUCUAUCAAUAGUUUUAAACCUUAUUUUAUUUUCGCAUAAAUAAAUCACGCGAAUCGUAAAUAGAUCCCGAUGUUUGUUUGUGAAUAAAAUAAGUGUUUAUCAGUGCGCGAGUGAAAUACAAGAGCAGUCAAAUGUUAAUGGUUCCCGCGAUAAUUUCGAUGUUAGAAUCGGAUCGGGACGUACGCGCGAGGAGGGACUAUGUUGUUUAUCAGUGCCUUAGCGAUCGGGAUGGUGACCGGCUUGCAGAAUGCUACCACGGACGUUGCGGCGGUCAGUGACGUCACGGGGGCGCCGCGGCGCGAGAUGGUGCUGGACGGUCCGAAGCUGGCGCCGCCGAGCCAGCUUGACAACGUGACGGUGCAGGAUCGGCCGUCGAUGUGGGACAUGUAUUUGAAUCCGUGCGGUAAAUGGCGGCCGGUAAACCACAUAUUUUUCCAAGUGGCCAAUGUGUUUUUUCUGCUGUCGUUCUUGGCGCCUCACACGCCGACGGGACUGAUAUGGUUGCGCGUGGCUCUGGUCCUCGGGUGCACGUUCUCCGGGAUCUGGGCGUGGAGUAUCGAGUGCUACCUGGACGCUGUGUUGUGGAACAGUGCAUUCAUAGCUAUUAACUUUGUAUAUUUCUCGGUGCACUUCUAUUUGAUGAGGCCAAUCAAGUUUCACAAAGACAUUGAAGAGGUAUACGUGGCCCUCUUCAAGCCGCUCCGAGUCUCGCGGCGGCAGUUCCGACGGGUGCUCCGCUGCAUGCGCAACGUGCGCCAUCUCAAGUGCCACGAGCUAUACGCACAUGAGAAGGUCACCAAGGUGGACAGUCUCUCCCUCGUGCUGUCCGGCAAACUGGUGGUAUCCCAGAACCAGAGGGCGCUUCACAUCGUGUUCCCGCACCACUUCCUCGACUCGCCCGAGUGGUUCGGUGUCUCCACCGAUGAGUACUUCCAGGUGUCAAUAAUGGCGAUGGAAGAAUCCCGAGUGCUCGUGUGGCAUCGAGACAAACUCAAGCUUUCAAUCAUGUCGGAUGCCUUCCUACAGGCGGUGUUCGACCACAUCCUCGGUAGAGACGUCGUCCACAAGCUCAUGCAGGUGAGCGAAACGAUGGCAGUGAGCAACGGGCACUUGCCCAACAGUUUCGAGGAGGGCGAAGACAAGCCGAUGCUAGUUGUGAAGAAGAGCGGCGACGGGCCCGGCAUCACCGCGCUGCUCAACCGGCAGCUGCAAGCGAGCGACCCCAACGCGUGGCGCCUCGGUCGCAUCGAGGAGACCGACCACGAGACGCCCGUGUGAGGACGGACCCAGCGCGCGCCCGCCCCGCCCGGCCGGCGCCGCCGCUAAUGUCUACCUUAUUGUCUACCACACAGAGUUCUAACUCGGACGGACAGAUUAUGAAACAAUGGAGACCUCGGUUUUGACAGUGGAAGUUCGCUUUCGCUGUUUUAAUGAGUGUAAAUAAUUUUGGAUGUGAAUAUGGUGAAGGUCUAGUCGAUAUGAGUACCGCAAGAUAUUGUUCUUUGGCGCUAGGCUUUGUGCCGGUUAUACGAAGAGGUCCUUCGGAGAUGGGCAGCUUUUGCGCUAGAGAUAUGUGAGCUAAACGGCGAACGAAGUCAAAUCUACGCUAAGGGUGGUAUUCCAUCUGUCCAAUGUGAAUUACGUCUCAUAAUUUUGCUUAAUGAGAGAGUGAGACGCAAUGACAUUGGACAAGUGGAAUACUACCCUACGAAACUCAUAUUUUACGGGACACAAGUUUUUCUUUACGAUCUUGGAGAAAUAAGAGAACUUAUAGCGAUGCAAACUACGCAGUUUAGCACAUUUCUAGCAGAAAGGAAGUCCAAGUUAGAUUACAUGAAUUGAUAUUAUUUAUAUGGGGAUAGAUGUAGAAAAGCUGUAAUGACAUGUUACAUAGCGCCAUGAUAAUAUAUUGCGGUAGUGUCAAUAGCCUCACUUAAGGCAGCUAGUGAUAAAGCGGUGUAAAGUGAUAUGUGCGCUAUGGCUUGAGUAGUAGGGUCGGAAUUUGAAUAAGAUUGCUAAUGUGUUUUUUUUAUUUAUGAUUGAAUCAAACUUAGUUUUGUUAUUUUGCAGCUACGGUAAUCUGUGAUUAUAAUACAACUAUUUGUAAAUUUAAUUUAGAUUGAUUGAAAAUUAUUUCAGUAUUGUAUCACCUUUAAAAGGCUUUGGUUUUGCGUCCAUUAUAUUAUGAAUUAUAAUUAUUAUCUCAUUAUUAAGCACAAAUAACCCACAAUCUCUCUGCUUUGCUUAAAGGCUGACUGGUAGAGAAUGCCUUAUGGCAUAAAGUCCGCCUUUUGUACGGUAAGGUUUUCUUUUGUGCAAUAAAGGUUAAAUAAAUAAAUAAAUAACUUGAUUCCCAUUACAUUAUUCAAUAUAUUGAAAUAUUGAUAACAAUGAUAACGGGCGUAGAGGUGGGUGGUUUACUUUAUUUCCAACUGAAAAAUUAUUAAAAAAAGGUAUCUGCUCUGUUUCAUUGUUUUAGUAUGGUUAGGCAUUAAAUAUUUAAGCAUGUCAGGGCUAAAAAGCAUAUUAUUUUAUAUAUUAUUUAAGCUAGGUCUUGCAUACAAAACCUCAAAGUUACAGGCACAUUUUGUUUCUUUUUUUGGAAGGGCUGGAUGUGUUAAGAAAAGGUGAACAAAAAAAAUUAGACACUUGCAAAGACUAGAAUUUACAGUUACAUACAUGUAAUAGAUAUGGAGAUAGACUUGUUAUGUCCCAAAAUAAAACUGAAGUAAAUAGGUUUCAUCAACAUUUUGUAUUAAAUAGCUCGUAUCGUAUGAUAGAAUAAAAUGUAAAAAUAAUGUGUGUUUAAUCAAAAUGAAUUGAUUACCUGUAAACGGUGGAAGUCACAUUUAGUUAGAUGCCUAUUUACAAUUAAUAACAAUAACUAAACAUCAUAAUAAGACUAAAUAGUAGGGUUCAUUACUAAACCUCCUAGUCAUAGAAAUGCAAAACCCAAAAUUUGCCAAUAGCAGAAGUUCUAAGGUC